AUGACUUCUGAGACAUUGACUCGCCAGUGGCUGGAGUGGGAUCAGGACCUAGAAACCAGAGCAGAAAUCCUGCAAUUGAAAGACGACGACAAUGAUGCAGAGCUCGAGAAAAGACUGCGGAACCGAAUCCAAUUCGGCACCGCUGGUCUCCGUGGCAAGAUGCAAGCUGGGUUCGCCUUCAUGAACUCGCUCACCGUGAUCCAGACAUCGCAGGGCCUUGCUGAGUUUCUCCAUGACCAUGAUGCGGACCGCGCAGCUACCAACGGCGUCGUUGUGGGAGCUGAUGCGCGGCGGAACUCGGAAAAGUACGCCAGUCUCGUGGUGAACGCUCUGCUUGCCAAGGGCCACAAGGUCUGGUGGCUUGGGGGUAACGUGCAGACUCCUUUGGUUUCUUUUGCCACAUUGCAGUAUGGAGCUGCAGCAGGGGUGAUGAUUACCGCGAGCCAUAACCCUGCCCAGGAUAACGGCUACAAAGUCUACCUUCAAAAAGGCGUUCAAGUAAACUCGCCUAACGACGCAAAGAUAUCACAGUACAUAGAGCAUAACUUGACUCCGUGGGAAGGUGCAUGGGAACCUCUCCAGACACAUAUUGACGGCGCAGAGAAGAAAGGAUUCGACAAUUCUUCGAAUCAAUUCCAAUAUCGCUACCUGGAGAAAAUUGACCGCAGCUGGAGGACCCAGAUAUGCAAUUAUGCUCAAUCCACCGUGACUGGAGAUCUGAAACCCUCACCAUUUGUCUACACCCCUCUUCAUGGCACAGGAGGACUCUGCCUACCUAAAGUAGUGGAGGAAAUCGGCCUUGGCUCGCAUAUGAUCUCCGUUGACAAACAAUUUAAACCAGAUGGAAAUUUCCCUACCGUUCCAUUUCCUAACCCAGAAGAGGAUGGUGCUCUAAAUCUAUCUAUGCUUUGCGCUGAUGAACAUGGUCGCGAUCUUAUCAUUGCAAACGACCCUGACGCAGAUCGUUUUGCCGUGGCACAAAAGAUUCCAGGCCGCAAAACCUGGUAUACUUUCACAGGAAAUCAAAUCGGCGUCCUCCUCGCCUCUCAUAUCCUCGAAAAUCUACCCCAACCCAGUAAGAAAAAAGGUUACUACAUGCUCAACAGUACUGUGUCCAGCAGCAUGCUCUCCAAAAUGUGCGCCGAAUACGGAGUCUCUCACCGCGAAACCCUGACAGGGUUCAAGUGGAUGGGCAACAUCACCAACAACCUACAAGGGGAAGGCUACGAAGUACCCUUCGCCUUUGAAGAAGCGCUUGGAUACAUGUUUCCUGAUGUCUGUUUCGACAAGGACGGAAUCACCGCCGCCGCUGUGUUUCUGUUAGCAGCCGCACAAUGGCGCAAACAACGCGACGUCACGCCUUGGGACAGACUGCGUGAAUUAUACCAACUGUAUGGGCAUCAUGAAACACUCAACAACUAUCUCCGCUCGCCGGACCCGAAAACCACGGCAGAGUUAUUUGAAAAUAUCCGUGCAGGGAAAUGGGCUAAGGGGGAGCGGUUUGGAAGGUUCAGGAUUUCCCGUUGGAGAGAUAUGACGCUAGGCUAUGACUCUGAUACCCCAGAUCAUAAGCCCGAGUUACCGGUCGACAAGAGCAGUCAUAUGCUGACACUUUGGCUGAAUGAGGACAUCAAAUUUACGCUGAGAGGGUCGGGGACGGAGCCGAAGGUCAAGUUCUACAUCGAGUCAUGGAACCAUGACCAGAGCAAAGCUAUAGAAACGGUCUGCGAUGUUUUGAAGGCUAUACUGUCGGAAUGGAUCAAACCAUUUGCGCCAACAAUGACAUACGCAAAGACCAUGUCCACCUCGUCGUCAGAAAUGCUCGAGUUAUGA